AUGGUGAUACAAAAAAAUUCGUCAGUAAAAUCGUUAAUCAAAGUUUAUCUUGCUCAACUAAAAACUGUGGCCAUAGUUAAUUUAGAUGCUUCUUCAGAAGAAGAAUCUAGAUCAGACCUUGAAAAUGAGUUUUUUAGUUUUGGCAUAUCAGAUUUAGAUAAUAAAAAUACUGCACUUGAACUUUUUAAAGAAUUAACAGCACAAAUUUCUAAAUUUUUUAUUCCAGGAAAUCAACAAGAAACUAAUUCUUCCAUAUUAUCACAAAAUAAACAAUCUAAUAAAAAUCAAGAAAAUAUUUUAGAAAAUAUUUCUA